GACCUGACGUCAUACAUUUCUCGCCCCGCCCCUUGCUCCUCGGUCUGUGUUGACUGUUAAGCUGCGCGCGCCAAUACUGUCAAUAUCCAGGCUUUUUUUCCCAGUCUCAUCGGCUUUUACUGUCGUCUCCCGUCACCCGCUUUCUUCAGGAAAAAUGCGUGAGUGCAUCUCUAUCCACGUGGGUCAGGCUGGUGUCCAGAUUGGCAAUGCCUGCUGGGAACUUUACUGUCUCGAACACGGCAUCCAGCCGGACGGACAGAUGCCGAGCGACAAGACCAUUGGAGGUGGAGAUGAUUCCUUCAACACAUUCUUUAGCGAGACUGGAGCUGGAAAGCACGUUCCUAGGGCAGUUUUUGUGGAUCUGGAGCCCACUGUUAUAGAUGAGGUUCGCACUGGAACGUAUCGUCAGCUGUUCCACCCUGAGCAGCUCAUCACAGGAAAGGAGGACGCUGCAAACAACUACGCUCGUGGUCACUACACCAUUGGCAAGGAAAUUAUUGAUCUGGUUUUGGACAGAAUCCGCAAGCUGGCUGACCAGUGCACAGGUCUGCAGGGUUUCCUGGUCUUCCACAGCUUUGGUGGUGGAACCGGAUCUGGUUUCACCUCCCUGCUGAUGGAACGCCUGUCCGUUGACUACGGUAAGAAGUCCAAGCUGGAGUUCUCCAUCUACCCAGCUCCCCAGGUUUCUACUGCUGUGGUGGAGCCCUACAACUCCAUCCUGACCACCCACACCACUCUAGAGCACUCUGACUGUGCCUUCAUGGUUGAUAAUGAAGCCAUCUAUGACAUUUGCCGUAGGAACCUCGAUAUUGAGCGUCCUUCUUACACCAACCUGAAUAGGCUUAUUAGUCAGAUUGUGUCCUCCAUCACUGCCUCACUCCGUUUCGAUGGUGCCCUCAAUGUCGACCUUACUGAAUUCCAGACCAACUUGGUGCCCUAUCCCCGUAUUCAUUUCCCACUGGCCACCUAUGCUCCAGUGAUCUCUGCAGAGAAGGCCUACCAUGAGCAGCUCUCUGUGUCUGAAAUCACAAACGCAUGCUUUGAGCCGGCCAAUCAGAUGGUGAAAUGUGACCCACGUCACGGCAAGUACAUGGCCUGCUGCCUGCUGUACCGUGGUGAUGUGGUGCCUAAAGAUGUGAACGCUGCUAUCGCCACCAUCAAGACCAAGCGUUCCAUCCAGUUUGUGGACUGGUGUCCCACUGGGUUCAAGGUGGGUAUCAACUACCAGCCUCCCACUGUGGUUCCAGGUGGAGACCUGGCCAAGGUGCAGAGGGCUGUGUGCAUGUUGAGCAACACCACGGCCAUUGCCGAAGCCUGGGCUCGUCUCGAUCACAAGUUUGAUCUGAUGUACGCCAAGCGUGCCUUCGUGCACUGGUAUGUCGGUGAGGGCAUGGAAGAGGGUGAGUUCUCAGAGGCCCGUGAGGACAUGGCUGCCCUGGAGAAGGAUUAUGAAGAGGUCGGUGUUGACUCCAUUGAAGGUGAGGGAGAGGAAGAAGGAGAGGAGUAUUAGAGUGUCUGAACAAAAAUAGUAGAACAGGUAGACAGCAUGUACACAUGAUAUUCCUUAAGUAUCAAGUGUAAACCUUACUUCUAAAUGUGUACUAUUGUUAUUUUCUUGGCCAGUAUGAUUGUCUUUUGUAUUUGUGGAUUAUGUUUUCAAUGUGACUGAAUAAAGUUUAGACUCCUUAGA